AUGCCUUUCGUCCUAUCUGAGAGUUUGUCCCGCGUCAAGUGGCCCAGCAACGAGAGCAUUCACGCCGGAAGCUCCUCUAGUGGUUCCGGAAUCCACAGCCCUGCCUCUCCUAACUCCUUCUCGCCCAUAUCCACUUCCCCGGACAACACCCUGAGACGCAGAAUCCGCAGAUCUUCCAGCCUGGGUACAGUAAUCCAGGAACCCUUCGUCAUCCGCUCAGACGCCAGAGACUCCAGAAGCCAGAGCCCUGCCUUGAGCUUCCACGAAGACGAAGAAUCUGACUUUCUGUCGCAACUGUCCAGACUUAUCGGAUGGUACCCUUGCUUCCUGCUCCGCAUCGCCAAGACCUUAUUGGUCGGAUUGCUGCCAUCCACUUGGAGACAGCUCAUAUUCGCCCUGCCUGUUCUUUGGCUAUCCGUGUGGGUGUGGUGUUUCACUCAACUGAUGCAGCUACCGCUCACCAUCAUCAAGAUCCUGCUAUCCAUAGUCCUGUCGCCAAACACCACCAAGAGCAGUAAGAAGAGGACCGUGCUCAUUAGCGGAGGUAGUACCAUCCAAGCGCUGCACCUGGCUAGGAACUUCUACUCUGCGGGGGCUAGGGUAGUAGUAUGUGAGGUCGAAGGGCUUUUUGCUCUAGCUAGGUACUCGACAGCCGUGAGCAAGUUUUACACGGUGCCCAGACCUACGAGCGACCAGCAGCAAAAAUACGUCAGAGCCUUAUGCGAGAUCGUUGAUAAGGAGCAAGCUGUUUAUUACAUUCCUGUAGCGGCUACUACAUCAGCUUACUAUGACGCCGUGGCUAAGCCUCACCUGGAGCUUCUUGGCUGCUCUUGCUUCGGGCCUGGUAUCAAGGAGGUUUGGGUGCUGGACGAUACCUUGGAGGUGCUGAAGCGUUGCCAGAAGUACCAGAUACCUACUCCCAGCUACCACGUGGUUACUUCCAGAGAGGACGUGCUGAAGCUUUAUGACACCGGAGCUAUCCGGAGAGGUCUUUAUGUUAUGACGACAGCUGGACCUAGAGGGCUAAGAGAGCGGUCUAAAAUAUUGUUGCCGUUGUCUAGAGCAGACUUGAAGAUACCUAACGAGAUCAGCGAGCAGAAACCAUGGGUGGUCGUACAGAAUCUAGAGGGCGAGCACUUCAUGACUUGCACCACCGUCAAGGAAUCUCACGUCAUAGCUAACGUCACCUGCAAAAUGAGCAAGAACAACACGGAGCUGGUACCAGUGGAGCAUAGAGAGAUCAACUUGUGGCUGAGCAAUUUCUUCAGCAAGCUGGCGCUGCUGCGACCCAUAUCCGGCCACAUAAGCUUCAGGUUCGUGGUUUCUAGGGAUUCGGGGUUGGUGGUGCCGCUCAGUAGCAGAGUGGGGGUAUCGUUGCCUUACAUCUGCUACACCAACGUGCACCCUCGGCUGGUUUGGAAACCCUGCAAGCAUUUCAACAGGCAGAGCUCUGGGCCUUUGGUCAACAGCAAUGGAGUUUAUCAGAUGCCUAAGACGGUUAUGAGUACUGUGCAUAAUCCUUCUAUCGAGGCUGUGACGAGGCUGAUUGGCACGGUUUUGGAUAGGAGGGAGGCCAUAUUCGCCAUGUGGGAUCCACUGCCGUACUGCGCGUACUACCACAUGCAGUUGCCUUUUAAGAAUGUGCUGGGGUUCAUGCAAAGGCAGAGAUUUCCUAGACCGACCACGGUGACUGUGCGAUGA